ACAGUCCCGCCCUCACUUGACGUCACAACAGCAUGUUUUUUUAAUCGUACACUUAAGACAAGAUACUUGAAUAUAAUGUUUGACAACAAGAAAGUAUAAGAAAUAAUUGUUCUUAAAAAAAAAUAAUGUAAAUGAGCUCAGCAGGUCCCCGGAUGUUAUCGCGGAAGUGAAACCACAACAAGCUCGAGCGGCCAUGGCGCCCACGGCUACUGCUAAUGUCAACAUGACCACUAAUGGCAACGUGGAGCAGAAGGUGUUGCAGUAUGAGAAGUUUAUUGACGACGUCUUGAAGAAGGAUUUACAAGCGGUGAUGGAGCAGCGAGACUCCGUUUAUGAUCAAACAGCUCAGUACCUGCAGCUCAAGAACACCAUACAGAGUUUGCAGGAGACAGGCUCUCAGCGCCUGAAGACAGAUGUUGACCUGGGAUGUAACUUCUACGUUCAGGCAGAAGUGGAGGACUCAUCCAAGAUCUUCGUGUUGGUGGGCUUUGGCUUUUUCGUGGAGAUGGACCACACGGAAGCUCUGCGCUUCAUCGACAAGAAGACGAGUCAGCUCACAGCCUUCACGGAUCAGCUGACCAAAGACGCUGCUAAAAUCAAAGCAAACAUCCGCAUGGUGCUGGAGGGUCUGCGAGAACUUCAGGGCAUUACAGAUCUUCCAGAGCCCAGCAGAAGAGAAGUCUUCUAGAUGUUUGGACUCAUCUGUGAACCCCCCCGACACGGCCUGGCCAGGACCACCAGCAGAAGGUCAGGAUCAGUUUAAUGGUUCUCCUGCAGACGUGCCUCAGACAGAGAGCGUGUCCUGCCAGGUCCACCCCUGGAUACGAUCCACCCAACUUCACCACAAGGCGCCGCUCCGUCAUCCAAACAUCUCCGGUCGCCAUGGCGACAAGACGAUGGAUCAGUCGGAGGAUUUCUUUCUACCACAAAAUCAAUAAAGUAACUAUUUUUGUCAAGGUAGCCAUCGCUACUGGAAGUCUUGUUAGGGGGUGACAUCAAACCUUUAUUGUGAAUCAAAUGUCACUUUCAGAACAAUAAAAGAGUGGGAGUGAGAAUAAUCCACAUUUUGUAUAAUUAGCAGCACUAACGAGCGGCGUAAGUGGAGGAAGAACACGGAAGUGUUUCCACUCGAACAUAGCUCCGCCCCCAAUGAAGGUAAAGGAUGGAAAUGAUUUCAGGAAUAGGAAAUCUCCCACGUCACUGUUUAUGAGACAACUUUUUAUUUCAUAAUUAUAACUUUUUUCUAUCUCAUAAUACAACUUUUUAUUUAAUAAUUAUAACUUUUUUAUGUCAUAAUUUCAACUUCUUAUCUCAUAAUUUUGACUUUCACAUAAUUGCGACUUUUUAUCCUAUAAUUAUGACUUUAAUUACAUAAUUUUGACUUUCUUAUCUCAUAAUUUCAAAUUUUUUAUCUAAAUUAUGCCUUUUAACUCAUUAUUAUGACUUCAAUGUCAACUUUAUUAUCUCAUAAUUUCGACUUUUU